CUCUUUGCAAGAAAGCCUGAUGUGCAGCCUUUGUAUUUCGCUGAUGCCAGAGGGGAUAUUGCAUGGAAGAAGCUAAUCAGACCUCCCCAGUGGUGGGCUUCAUCCUCCUGGGCCUCUCAGCCCACCCAAAGCUCGAGAAGAUGUUCUUCAUGCUCAUCCUGCUCACGUACCUGGUGAUCCUGCUGGGCAACGGGCUCCUCAUCCUGGUGACCAUCCUGGACCCCCGCCUCCACACGCCCAUGUACUUCUUCCUGGGGAACCUCUCCUUCCUCGAGAUCUGCUACACCACCUCCUCAGUGCCCCUCAUCCUGGAUGGCUUCCUCACUCCCAGGAAAACCAUCUCUUUCUCAGGCUGUGCCAUCCAGAUGUUUCUUUCCUUUGCCAUGGCAGGAACAGAGUGUGUGCUUCUGGGCAUGAUGGCAUUUGAUCGCUAUGUGGCCAUCUGCAACCCCCUGCGGUACCCUGUGGUCAUGAGCAAGGCUGCCUACGUGCCCAUGGCUGUCAGCUCCUGGGCUAUUGGUGGUGUCGCUUCCCUGGUACACACAUCCUUGGCAAUUCAGCUUCCUUUCUGCGGGGACAACAUCAUCAACCACUUCACCUGUGAGAUCCUGGCUGUCCUGAAGCUGGCCUGUGCUGACAUCUCCAUCAAUGUCAUCAGUAUGGCGGUGACCAAUGUGAUCUUCCUGGGGGUCCCGGUUCUUUUCAUCUCUGUCUCCUAUGUGUUCAUCAUCGCUACCAUCCUGAGGAUCCCCUCAGCAGAAGGGAGGAAAAAGGCCUUCUCCACCUGCUCUGCCCACCUCACUGUGGUGGUCAUCUUCUAUGGGACCUUGUUUUUCAUGUAUGGGAAGCCCAAGUCUAAGGACCCCCUGGGGGCAGACAAAGAGGACCUUGCAGACAAGCUCAUCCCCCUCUUCUAUGGGGUGGUGACCCCCAUGCUCAACCCCAUCAUCUACAGCCUGAGGAACAAGGAUGUGAAGGCAGCUGUGAAGAACCUGGUGGCUCAGAAACACUCUAGUCACUGAUGCAGAAGGAGUCAGUCGUCUGUGG